AUGAAAACAAUGGAUGAUAGAGCAUUCAAAAGACCCCUUGCAAAACAGUUUUAUUGUGUAUUAUUAAAAUAUGAAGAGAAAGCCACGAAAGAGGAUAUAUGCAUGGAUGAAGUAUGUGUGUGUGAUUGUGAUUAAGAAUUUAGUUGGUUUAAAUGACUCAAAUGUAUGGAGAAAUAGUUUCAUAUUAUGAUUCAUAAAUGGAUCCAAUUACAUAUUAUUUUAUGGAUAAGCAACAUCAAUUGUUAUAAUAGAUAGUAAGAAAAAGUAAAUAAGAUUAAGAUGAUAUCUUAAAAAAUCUUAUAAUGGCUAAUCAAUCAGAGAUCCCAAUAAUUCAAAUAGAUAAUUAUAAAUAAAAGAAGAUGGUUCAUUUGUAUGAAUUAGAAGAAGUAUAAAAAGUGAAUGAAAGAGCUUGUGAGAAUAUUGUUGGAUAAUUUGAAAAAAAUAAUGAAGCUAAUGAUUCCACUGUUCAUGAAGAAUUUUUAAAAUAAUAAAAUAAUUUAUAUUUGAGAUUAGCAAACAGGAUAAAGAAAAAAUAAGAUUUUAAAAAAAAUGGAGGACGUUUAUCAAAUUCUUCAAUUAAUGUUUAUCAAGUUCCAUUUUAAGAUUAUGAUGAAAAUAAAUUAGAAAGUUGA